AUGUCUUCUAUUUCUCAGGUCCCUUCUGGGUUCUCAAUUACUGGUGGCAUCCCAACCAAGUCCCAAGACCUUGCCGCAUCCAUUAUAUUUACUAUUGCAUAUGCAUGCCUUGUUCCAUUCGUAGCAUGGCGCUUAGCGAGCAAGGCGUCUCGCACAACAACGAUGAUCCGUCCUGCCAUCUUUGUGCUCGUACGAACAGCAACUUAUAUAAUGCGCGCUGUUCAGUCGAAUGGAGACUACUCGGAAACUUUGUUCAUCGUCGAACAAGUCUUCCUUCUUGCUGGCUUUCCCAUUAUCUGCGACGCAAUCCUGACUCUACUAGAGUACCACAUUACUCGUACGCACACUUCCCCGAAGCAAGGUCAAACCACCCAGCGGGUCUGCCGACCCUUGAGGCUGGCUCUUCUCAUUGCCUUGAUCGUGGGUAUAGUGGCUGGCACACAGAUGAGUAGCGUCUUCAAUGACCCAAACAAAGCCUCCCAACUACGCACCCUGCGCAACGUCAACGCUGCUCUCUGUCUUGCCAUCGUCCUCGGAGUGAUCGUCGUGGUCCUAGUCGCCCAAGUGCACAAGGACCUUCCCGUCAACCCGACCAUGCUUCUGGUCUUCAUGGCGUGCUGCUUGGUGAUCGCAGGCUCCUACCGCCUCGCGCUAAUUCAUUCGGCCAGCCCUCCGUUCUCGAUUGUGACCAAGGUCAAGUUUUAUGUUUUGUUGGCUCUAAUGGAGUGGUUGGUCACGGCCGCUCUUUUCUCUGUGAAUGCGCGCGUUGUGUUUGGAGAGGACCUGGCAAAGGAGAAAAACAAGGCAGCAAAAGAGGCCCGAGCUGUGCAAGACUACCCGAUGCAACAGGGGCACAAGGACCCGUAUACCAAUGCUUAA